AUGUGUUUUUCUCCUUUUUUAUACCUCCUCGCUGUCUUCACCUUCACGACUUCCAUCCUUCUCUUAUGCCUCUUCGCUCUCCAUGAGCAUUUCUUCCCCCUCCCGCCACCUUCAGCCUCCCCCCUAUGCAAUGAGACCUGUGGAGUCAUUUCAGAUCAAGCGGAGGCCAAACUCGCGUUGCCUCAUCUCCUCUUCGAGCUCCUCGCCAUUUUGGCACGACAUCUGCCAAGGUAUGUGGCUGCCUGUCUGGCGUGGCUUUGGCCAAUCGUGCUGGGCUUUCUCGUUCUCCCUGUGACCUUUGUUGCCUUCCUCUAUGGAACUGCGCUCUUGGUGCAGCUGUACAUCUUGAGACACUGGAUAGUUGGGGAGUCGAAUAUUUCCAAAGACGAACUGUUGGUGCGUCUCAUGGCGGCUGUUUGGGAGGCCCAUGGUCGAGCAUUCCACGGCUACGAGGUGUUCGGUAUGGAGAAGUUGCCCCCACCUGGUGAAGGCGCAUUUCUGAUAUAUUAUCAUGGAACCUUACCUCUGGAUGCCUAUUACUUCAUGGCAAGACAUAUUAUACUGCGAGAUCGACAUCCCAUUCCUGUUGUGGAUCGAUUCUUAUUCCGCCUGCCUGGUCUUCAACAGAUUCUCCGAUUAACCUGCGCUAUGGAAGGAUCUAUAGAAGAGUGUGUUUCCCUACUCAACCCUUCUCUAACGGAGGCUAACCGAUCACAUCACGCCAAUUAUAGUCCCGAGGAAACCUCUGAGCCUCAAUCACGCAAGGGCGUGAAUCCAUCCAGAUCUGGGCAGGUGCUUCUCCUCUCGCCGGGUGGUGUUCGAGAGGCUAUCUUCUCUGACGAAUAUUAUUCACUUCUCUGGGGCAAAAGACGUGGUUUCGCUCGAAUUGCCAUUAAAGCCAAGAAGCCCAUUUACCCCGUAUUCACGGAGAAUAUUCGGGAGGGUGUUCGAGUGGUUCAAUACGGGAAGCGUAAGUUUCGCUUAUUUAUUGGACUUUUGAAACUUGAGAGAACUUUAUGUGCACAUCCUGCAAGUAGUGUCGUUGAAGGAUCUUGCUAUAUUGGCUUGGCACGCAACUUGUGUUUAACUUGGUACCCGGAAGAGAGCUGA